GAAAAACUCGUUUUCUGACGGAAAGCACAGCAGUCAUAAGUUAGUGAAUGCAGCGGUGUCAUAUGUUACAUGGGCUUUCUUAGUGUGUCUGCUGUUUCCUUUCGUCUGUUGGAUUAUAACCACCAUUUCACGCAGCAGUGUCCGUCAGAUGUGUACCGUCUCGUUAGCUGCGUUCACGGACAGAACGGCUAACUUAGCACUCAAGUUAAUGUUAGCUGGAUGCAUCAGAUAACGGAUCAGAUAGCCAGCUAGCUCCGCCAGCUGUCCAAACACGGAGUUAGGCCAGGAGCCAAACAUGAAAAUCCGCGUAUCAUAUAAGUUUAUUUAACAUCUGAGGUUAGUUCAUUAAAGGUGUGGCUAAGUGGUCGGUGUUGUCUUGUUCGCUGGGUAACCGUUAGCCGUUGGCUGGGUGGCGUUAGCUGGGCUAAGUUAGAAAAUAACGCGACGUCGUGGUCAAAAUUGUCUCCGCUCUCUUUAUCUAAAGUUGACAUGUCGUGUAUUUGGUUAAGUCACUGUCGGACAACAGAGCUACUAUGCUGUCUGUGAUUAAACUGCCUCUGCCGAGUUGAAUAACUGACAGUGGAACACCUGGUCCAGAAAUGAAGGCACUCGGAUCCAGAUUUUCCUUCUACGCGGGCUUCGUAGUGGGGACUUUCACUUUGUACGUGUUCCUGCGGCCGGUGUGGUUCGACAGGAGUCUAUCCGCUCAACGCUCCGGAGGCUUCGAUAAACUUCAUGACUACCAGCACCAGCUAGAAGAGGAGAGGAAGGUCUGGAAGAAGGAGAGGUCUGCUCUUUUCAACCUCAAACACCCUCACCACAAAGGUGAGGAUAGUCGCAUGGCUGAUGAACUUUACAAAAAAGUGCGUAUUCUUUGCUGGGUUAUGACUGGUCCUAGCAACCUGGAGAAGAAGGCUCGGCACGUGAAAUCCACAUGGAGUCGCCACUGUAACGUUGUGGUCUUCAUGAGCUCUGUGGAUGACCCAGACUUUCCCACAGUGGGCUUGGGUACCAAAGAGGGCCGGGACCAGCUGUACUGGAAAACAAUUCGGGCUUUUCAUUAUGCUUAUGAGCAUCAUGCCCAUGAGGCCGACUGGUUCCUCAAGGCGGAUGACGACACCUACGUAAUCGUAGACAACCUGAGAUGGGUUCUCGCCAAUCACACUCCGGAAGAGCCAAUUUACUUUGGCCGAAGAUUUAAACCCUACACCAAGCAGGGAUACAUGAGUGGAGGUGCUGGCUAUGUUCUGAGCAAAGAGGCUCUACGGCGAUUUGUAGAAGGGUUUAAAAACAAACUGUGCACUCACACUACCUCUGUAGAGGACCUGGCUAUGGGGCAGUGCAUGGAGAAAGUCGGUGUGCUGGCGGGAGACUCCAGAGACACAAUGCAGAGGGAGACGUUUCACCCUUUUGUCCCAGAGCAACAUCUCACAGCAAAGUUUCCCAAGAGUUUCUGGUAUUGGAGUUACUGCUACUACCCGAUCUCAGAGGGUCCAAACUGCUGCUCGGACCUGUCGGUGUCCUUCCACUACGUAGACGCUUCACACAUGUAUUUACUGGAGUACUACACCUACCACCUACGUGCCUUCGGCUACAAGUACCGCUACCAGUCUCCUGCUCCACUGGGUUACAAGAGUGAACAGUCCAGGGACGCAGCGGGAGAUAAAGAUGAUCCUGCUUCUCAAGAGAAGGCACCGGGGGAGGCAGAUGAUAUGUCUAGGACUGACAAGAGACAGGAAGCAGACCCCCCUCCUGCCGAUGGCAAAGGUCCUCCUGCUGCAGCAGGAAAGUAACUGUAGGACUGUGUGGGUGUGUUUUCAGGGAGGGGAGAGAUGUUUGUUCUGCUUGUUUGCUUUUUCAUCCUGAUAAUCUUGGCUCAUAUCUCUACAAAAGUAGAAAAGUCCACUAAAUAUACCCAAAUACAUGCACAUUGCCUAAGGAAUUUUGAGCUUACGGACUGUUAGUAGGGCUGGGUGAUCUCACGAUUUUGGGGCAGGUGUGAAGGGUCCCAGACCACAGAGUAACCAUAUAGCCACUCUGAUCAACACAGAAUAAAAAGUGGUCUUUGUUAAAUUCAAUCAUGGUUGGAUUCAUUUACAUUGUGAAAACACUUCUUGGAUGAUUUGGACCAAUUACAGGAAAAUAUACAAGGCUAUUGACAUGUUUAAGCAAAGUACAAACAACCUAAGAUGGAAGAUAUUAUCACCAAGAUGAUUAGAUUACCAUUAGCAACACGUGAACUGUGUACAUGCAGCCACCUUUAAAACAACUGAUAUCAAGUACAGGGAAAGGCAGCAGGAUGCAGUGUGAAAGCAUAACUAGAAGUAACCACACCAAAUAUGUACAAGGUUUAAAAAAAAAGGCGAAAAGUAAAAAUAGCUUAAGUUCCUGAUUAAUUUGAAUUUGUCAUAUGAUCUGCCUUUCACAGGGAUUAUACAGAUUGUGUUAAAUAAGUAAUAACAGCUCUGUCUAAUUUACUAAACACAUUUAAUGGCUCAAGUAUCAGUGUAACAGAAUUGUACUACAGGUUGCUUGUGUGGUGGGUUAUCUAGUUUAUUUAUGCCCCUUUUUUUACAGUGAUUUUGUAGCUUUUGUCUGCUCUAAAAUAGUUGGUUUCAGUCCAAUUUAUUCUGCAGUUUGUGUAACGUAUUGUUUUUCUAGUGAAAUGACACCUUCAGACAGUGGAGCAUCACUGAAACACUGAGCUGCUGGUCCAGCUUCUGAACUCUAAUGUGCACCAAGUUUAGAUAUGUUUGGAGUUGACUUAGCUGUGAUCGGACAUUAAAGCCACCGUAGUAUUUAAUGCAGCUCUGUAAAUGUGAAUAAAUCUAGGAAAAUGUGGACAAGUGCAUCAGUGAGCUAAUUUGUUGACAACAGAAAGACACCACUCAUAGCCUAAUUCUCCAGAAAUCAGAGAAAAGAAAAGUUUGGAGAAAAAAUGUGAGAAAAUUGUUAAUCAGAUUUUUAGGUCAAAGAUCUCAGAACCAUCAUUAGUCUUAGGUGCAGCAUCUGAACUGUUCGUGGCACUAGUGCAAAAUUAAUGUUAAAUCAAACUGGACAUCAUCAAAACUAAAAAGCUUUUCUAAAAUCUAAUAAGUUGGAGUUGUUCCCGUAAAGCUUGAACCCCACAAACCUGAUCUGCAACCACAGCACCUAAGCCCAUUAGAAACCUAGGUCAAACCCUCUAUUUGACCUUUUGUCUAGAUCACCCAGCCCUAAGUGCUAGUAACGUGAACUGUGACUGCAAGGGGUCAGGAGUAACCUUGUUUUUCAGGUUAUAAAUAUCUUAUGGUUAAGACUUGAUUCCUUUUCCAUCCUAAUCCAUGUCAGCCUAUAUUUUUACAAGCCAACAUUCACGCUUUGUCACCGUUAUUAUUAUUAUUAUUGUUUUGUUUUUUUACAGUGUUUUCUUUAUUACAGUAACCCCAACCAAACUCAGUACGACCUUUUUUGUUUUAAAAAAAGACAAGUCUUGAAUGGCUGAAGUUGUAGAGUUAUGUGCCUUGAAGAUUGAUAAGACCCAACUGUGCGUCUUAAAGUGAUUAAACAUCUGUCAAGUGUUUAUAAAGUCUGAAUGCAACCAUUAUUCACUGCAGCUGGAUUCCUAUGGAUCACAGGUAGUCAAACAAGUAGAGGUCAGGUGAACACUUGCAUUGAAAUGUAACGCAUGUAUGUUUUGUCCAGUUUCUGCUAAACCUGUUUCAGGCUGUAAGUACAGGUAAUUUCACUUUACAAUUUGAUGAAUGGCAUGAUGACAACACAAAUGGUUUUUACAAUGGCUAUGGAAAAAUCGGCUUCAUUUGAGGAAACUGAAUCUGAACUGUCAUGCGUUAUGCUUCAGCGCAUAUUUAUUUUAUGGGUUUUAGAUACACAGUAAAAGAAUAGGUAAUUUCAUGUUACGUCACAGUAAAAUAUAGGUUACCAUUUAUAAAGGAAAAAAAAACAUUCUUCAGGCCUCUUCAAUUGUCAUAGCAAAAAAAUGGUUUAGUUAUUUUUGUGUGAGGACAUUUUAAUAUUGGCUAAUCCAGUAACGCUGGAGCUGUAACUGCUAUGGGAUAACACCUUAAAGCUCUAUAUCCUUCUUGAGCACUAAAUAAACACUGAGUCUUGUUUAUGGUGUAACUAUAAGCAGGUAUAAUGACAUGGAUGAACGAGCCUUCGCCUCUUGUGAGCAUAAAUACGGUACUGUAAUUAUUCUCACAGGCAUUUAAAGAACUGUACUUAAAUCUGCUUACAGCCCAUUUUAAGUGUUAUGGUGUCUUAAAUAUUUACAUGCUGCUUUCAAGUACUUACUAGAGCGACUUAGAAAAUCCAAAUUAGUACAUGACAAAUGCUUACAGCGUGCAGUGAAUCUGGGUGCUUUCAUACUUUGUGUAGUCAGCAUUGAGUUGAACAUAAGGGAUGUUUUUUCUUGUCUUGUGUUGAUUUUCUCUGGUUUUUAGGUUAAUAUAUUUGGUUGGUGGACAUACCUCGAGCUGCAUGAUGAAGUAAACUCUUACUAUUGAUCUCCCUCUAAUGAAUUUAAAAAAAAAAAAAAAAAAAAAAA